CUGUCACCGGGGCAACGGACUGGCAGCCGGCGGGAGAACCGGGGUGUGUCCGCUGGCCAACGGAGCGGCGUGUGUUUCAGCAGCAGACCGCGCGCGCACGGGUGUGUGAGGAGAAGAUGCCGCAAAACCAGAAAGUGGCUCGGCUCAAGCAGUAACCUGACACUUGUUUGUGCCGGGGAAGAAAGAGAGAGAGAGAGAGAGAGAGAGAGAGAGAGAGAGAGAGAGAGAGAGAGCGAGAGCGAGAGCGAGAGAGAGAGAGAGAGAAAGAGAAAGAGAGAGAGAGAAAAAGCCCUGGAAGCAUGAAGAAACACCAGAGUCCUGCCAAGCAGCAGCAACCGCCGGCCGACGUCCCCGUCCGCUCGGACGACGAGGUUACGGUGCAACAACUGAACGAGCUUUUGUCCAACGGCAGCGGAUUUUACAGUUUACCGACGCAGCAUUUCAACGAGGUCUUCCCCAGAGUGUACGUCGGUAACGCGUUCGUGGCCCAGAAUGUAAUGCGCCUGCAGAAGCUCGGAGUGACGCACAUCCUCAACGCUGCGGAGGGAAACUCCUUCAUGCACGUCAACACCAACGCAGAGUUUUACUCUGGCACGGGCAUCACGUACCACGGCAUCCCGGCCAACGACACCGAGCAGUUCAACCUCAGUGCCUACUUCGAGGAGGGUGCUGAUUUCAUCGACAAGGCCCUGGCGCACAAUAAUGGAAAAGGGAAGGUGUAUGUACACUGCAGAGAAGGUUACAGUCGUUCGCCCACCAUGGUUGUUGCUUACCUCAUGCUGCGCCACAGAAUGGACGCCCGGGUUGCGGUGGCCACUGUGAGGCAUAAGAGGGAGAUCGGUCCCAAUGACGGCUUCCUCCGCCAGCUGUGUCAGCUCAGUGAGAAGCUAGCAAAGGAAGGAAAGCUGAAUGGGGAGGUGGGCAAACUAAAGACCAAAUAAAUACAGAAGAGACAAAGAGAGAGAAUAAGAGACCCUAUACCCUUUCUCCUCCCGUCAUGCCUUUCACAAGUUUCAGCUGCUCCUUUGAGGCUGGCCCCAUGCCCACCAAACCAGCACAGUGUUCCCCCCCCCCCAUCUGAUAAGCCAGUACAAACAGAGGUGUACUGGAACACAUACACAGUUGUUGUAUAAAAAAUUUAUAAUUUCUUUCUCGUGCACACAUUAACUCAUGUACGUGCAUGCAUACACUCUGCUCAUGUACAAUAGAUACAUACCCUUAAUUCCAAUCUCUCACUUUUGCUGUUAAAGUGUACAUGGGAGCGUGAUUUCUGUGCCCCGCCCCCUUUUCUAACUCCACUCGACACAGACAUAGACAUCCCACUGCUAGUGACCCAAAUGGUCCAAAUUAUCAUCCUUCUCAUUUGAGUCUUGAACUACUUAUAAAACAUUCCCUCAAUUCCCAGAGGUUGGCAAGUUGAAUUCCCAUGCUCCACUUUUGGGCGUGUGAGUCCUAAACGAGUGUUACAAAACAGUAGAUGAUAGCACAAUCAUUCCAUAGUUUCAUACUGCUGGGAUUGUUAUAUUGAAACAGUAUUGUCAUCGCCAGCAGAACUGCACCCUAACACAGAUAUUAGAAUAACACAGAUAUUCUGUUUUAAGUAAUAUUUAUUGAAAUCCUUGAUUCACUUUAUACAUACGGCAAGGACACAAACAUUCCAUGAAAACAGAAAAGAUGGAAUCACACAGAAAGUCUACUUACAUCGUAAGUAUCCUUCAUCCUAUAUCUUCCGGCUGCAGGGGCAGAUAUUGUAUGCACAAACAAGCUGCAACUUGUGCAUGCCUGCUGCAGCCGAGUACAAGUUGUUGAUAUGAAGCAUUGCCAUUGCCACUCGUGACCCUCACCUAAUCUUAGCAGUUGAAUGCAUUACUAGGGAGGGGUACCAUCCAUUUUCUAUACAAAGAAAGGCACGCUUGUCACGUACAUCAGACUUGUCCACUGCCAAUUCCAUCACACAGCCACGUAGCCAGUAUCCAGUACCGAUGUUUAAACAAAACGCUCACGAUUUGUAUGAGGCCCAUACACAACGUGUCACUUGCGUCAGUCCCAAGUGUGUGUACAAGAUUGGUAUACAAUGCUUGGCUUUAUGCAACCACCGCAUCAAAUCACACAGCCUUUUUGUUUUUCUGUACUAGUGCAUUGCAAUAUAUGUCAAUACCACAUCAGCCCAAUAAAAUGUAAUCACAUUUGAAUAUAACAAUGUUGUGUUUCCCAUAGUACACCAUAGGACUGUGGUUGUCACAUACAGAUAUUAGUUCACUUACAAUAAUUAUGUGGCAACUUCAUAAAUGUUAUUGGGCAUAAUACUAUAGACCAUACUAAGGAGAGCAUGAACAGUGUAUUUACACCUCAUACAAGUUCACUUUAGACCCCUUGAAGGUUCAAGUCCCAAGUAUCCAGCUGUAGGCCGGAUUAUUUGGCUAAUGUAACCAUUCACCCUGUAACAAGGCAUGUGAAAAUGGAUAGAUGGAAAGAGUAUAAGAGAAAGCUUGUGAAAAAGCAGGAGAGGGAGAGAGAAAAUGAGAUCAUUAUAGCUGGAUGACCACCAGCAUCACUUAAAGGUUGCACACUGUACACAACAACGAGCUCACCCAUUAUGUCUAGAUAUCAAAUUACACAGCGCUCAUAAAUAUAUAGCCAAGAGCGUGUUAGAUAGGGAUAUUCAGUCUCAUUUUCUACUGAAAGGAGAAAAAAACCCCACUUUAACUCACUCAUCUGUCUCAUUAACCACACUAUUUAUUCCUCCUUUGAUAUAUCUAUAUACAUAUGAAUAUAUCCGAGUAUAUAUACAUAUUUAAGUGUUGACAUAUAUGAAUGUAUGAGCAAUGUGUCUAUAAUAUGUAGGUGUCGUUAGUACACGUCUUGGUCCGUAUAUAUCAGCCAUAUUAUAUUUGUAUAUGACCUCAUGGGAUGACUGACGUUCACCUGUCUCUUAUGCUGUGUGUUCAUGUACAUUAAUAUGCUAAGAGGUCCAUUUGAACGCUUCUUCUUCUCAUCUGCAGUAGCCUGGAUAUGAUCAUAUCCUAAUUAUGAAAAGUCCCAAUACGAUAGCAGGAAUAUGACUGUGUUAGCCGGGAUGCCAAGGCAUGCCAACAUCUGAUUUCAUAAACUGGGAUAUGAAUUAGGAGCCGGGACAUUGUGUGCUUGUAAUCACCCUCAUGGUUAUUCUCAAGUCAGUCCAUCGCCUGCUGUUUUUGUGUUAAAUACACUUGUUUCACAUUUAUUUGUACUCUUUUUUUUUGUUUGCUUGUUUUUCUUUCUUUCUUCCAUCAAUAUUGCCCUUCAGUUACUGCUUACUGUGUGUUCAUAAAGGACUCGAGUUUUUGCACGUGAACUGCUGACAUCAGCGUCUGGGCUUAUGGAGUGGAAUGCACUGAUUUUCUGGUUCAGUUGUGAUUUAUUUGAGACCUUUUUUUUGUAACUGUGUUUUUGGUUUCCUAAGAGUAUCACAUGAUAACCUGUGCACACCACCUCAUCACAAACCAAACACCACACUACGCCGCACAACAGUAGCAUUCCUCUAACGUAACUUUUAUAGAGCCAAUGAAAAAGGUGUAUCCAUGCACGGUAUCUGCAACAAAUAUACAUUCCUGCUUAACAGAAUUAUAGAUAACACUAAGGACACAGUUAAGGUACGGAGGGGGAGAGAGAAGGCUAUAACAACCUCUGUGCAGUCAUACAAAUGCAGCGUGACUGUCUGUGCCAAGUGACCUAUUGUGUAAAAGCCGUUUACAAAAGUUUAUGACUGGCUUUGCUGUUACACAGACAGACUUUUCUCGUUCCAGUUUCCGCAUGAAUACACACAGAGCAACAACCUCGCUCUCUGCUCAGUUCACUUCAGUGUUCGGUUUGAUGAAAAGCCAUUUUUACUGGCUACAACAACCUUAUUGCUGUUGCUGUUGACACAUUAUGGAUGGUUUUCGCUUGUGCUAAGCUCAAAGUAGUUCCUCCCUCGACUGGCGCCAAAAACAGACGAAGCGACUGCACAUGUAUCGGAGGAGCCAUGUGGUAGUCUGCAGCCCUCCCCGGAUCGGCAGAGGGGGUGGAGCAGCGACCGGGACGGCUCCGAAUAGAGGGGUAAUUGGCUGGAUACAAUUGGGGAGAAAAAUGCCCCCCCUCCUCCAAAAAAAACAAAAACAAAAACAGACGAAGCCAGUUCAGACAGUCGUAGCCGUGGAGGAGGCAUCUGAUCUGCAUUUACCGGAAACUGAUUGUGAAAUCGGAAACGCAGUUUUAAAACGAUCACCAUGCAGAUGCUGUGCUGCAGAUCAAGCAUUAUAAGGUUGUAAGGUUCCAGACAAUGGCUGCUUCUGUAUGACAGUCUUAUCCAACACCAAUUUAUGCAUUGAGUAACAGAUGAACACUGCCACCUGCUGUUUGAUAGCUCCAAUAGUUUGCACAAGCGGUUUAUCUAUGUACAUAUGUAUUUAUUUAUUUAACUGCCUUUUAAUAUUUAUAAUGUUGAUUAGUUACGGCAUCCUAAAUAUCUUCAGCAAUACUGAAAUUUAUAUUUUGUGGUUGGCGCCACAAAGCCCCCCCCCCCCCCGCCAUGUGUGAAACACUAAUAUGUAAUAUCAGUACUAAUUCUGUCAGUUUUCUUUGUUGAACAUGGUACCAGUGUCCUAUUGUGGGUCAUGCUCAUGGCACAGUAUGUGAUGUAUUGUUGAGAAUGUUAAACAUAAUCUGCCAUUAAUGUAUUUUGUUAUAAAUAUAUAUUCUGAGUAUGUAAUGUGCACUAAGGCUAUUGUGAAUUGCUGCCUUUCUACUGUCAUAACCCGCUACUAUAUAAAUACAGUAUUGUCUGAUAUCAGACCCAAAAGUUACGUGUAAAAAUGACAAAAUGAGACAUUCCUCUUAAUUUUAUUUUCUUCCAAAUGUUGUUUGGUUAAUGUUGGUUCAGAUUCGUCCUGUUCCAGGGACUUAAAUGUCUGCUGUGGCUGAUAAUGUUGCUGUACUUAUUAUAGAGGAUGAUCUUUUUCCUCAUUUUUGGGGAAACCUGACAGGUGUCAACCAUGGGAGUGUAACUAUAACCACAUUUUACUAUUUCACCAGCAGUCAUGUUUUUGUUAUGUCGUUUGUCGAUGAUUCUCCUACAAUGGUCGUCAAACCUGGUUUGAAACCGGUGUUGCAAAGUAUUUGUUAAAAUGAAACCAGGUGUUUUUUUCCCCAUAGGAGGUGUUCAUGACAAUGCAGACAAUGUCAGGUAAGUCAUUAGUCGCAUAAAAUCUGUUAAAUUGGCUUGCAAACAGCUUUCUGUGAUUAACUUAACUUUCUGGCACUCAUUGUAUUGCCCCAUGUGGCAAACUGGUACCACA